AUGGGCUCCGUCACCCUUGGAACCAACUUGUCCAUUGCUGCUGGCCCGUUGGGUCGUAACGCUGAGGCUGCGGGUACGGCGUCGUUGAAGUCUGUCUCGGCUGUCUUUGCUUACUCCAAAACCAAGGGUUUGUUCGCGGGUGUGUCUUUGGAGGGUUCAGCCAUUGUCGAGCGCAGAGAGGCCAACAGAAAGUUCUACGGAAACAAUUGUAAGGCUCGCAAUAUUUUGUCGGGGCAGGUCGACACUCCGCCUGCGUGCGAGCCGCUCAUGCGAGUCUUAGAGAGCCGAGUGUUCACUGUCCCUAGUGAGGACGGAUACUAUAGUGACGACUACUACGAUGAUGUCCCCGAUGAGUUUUCCGAUUCCAAUUCGGAGUUUUCCAACAGGAAUAGACAAAGCUCAGGAAGAAACAGAGCCCACUCCCGUGGACGUGCCUACUCGGAUGACGAGUACUCAGAUGAUGAAUACGACCGUCCUAGCGCACAUACCUCUCGUAGCUCGUAUGGUGCAUCUGCUACAAAAGAUAGACACCUGACAUGGGAGGACAGAAUAUAUGACAGUGGUGGAAGAGACAGAGAGGUGGACAACUUGAGCGGCAAACUCAACAAGACCAAGUUGUCUAGUCCUGGAAACGUCAAAUCCUCCGCUGCAUACUCCAAGCCUGACUUCGGAGGCGCUGCCAAGACCAACUCAUACCAAGCCAUUGCCCUCUAUACAUUUAAGGGAGAACAGUCGGGUGACUUGCCUUUCAAGAAGGGCGAUUUCAUAGAUAUCUUGAAGAAGUCUGAUACUACAGAUGACUGGUGGACAGGACGUGUGAAUGGCGCUACAGGAAUAUUCCCAGCAAACUACGUUGAAUUGGUAUAA